CCGGUCUCCGGAACGGGCGGGAGGGAUAUCCGCACAAGUAAGCUAAAAGCUAAAUAACAUGGCGAAGACUUACGAUUACUUGUUUAAACUACUUUUAAUCGGCGAUUCGGGCGUCGGAAAGACCUGCGUGCUUUUCAGAUUUUCAGAAGAUGCCUUUAACUCAACGUUUAUCUCCACUAUAGGUAUUGACUUCAAAAUCAGAACAAUAGAAUUAGACGGGAAGAAGAUCAAGCUACAAAUAUGGGACACAGCUGGACAGGAGAGGUUCAGGACCAUCACAACAGCCUACUACAGAGGAGCUAUGGGCAUCAUGUUAGUAUAUGACAUUACCAACGAGAAGUCCUUUGACAACAUCAAGAACUGGAUAAGGAAUAUAGAAGAGCACGCCUCGGCAGAUGUAGAGAGGAUGGUCCUCGGGAAUAAAUGUGAUGUGAAUGAUAAGCGACAGGUGUCUAAAGAUAGAGGAGAGAAACUGGCAUUGGAGUAUGGUAUCAAGUUCAUGGAGACGAGUGCAAAAGCAAACAUCAAUGUGGAGAAUGCCUUCUUAACCCUCGCCAGAGACAUCAAAGCAAAGAUGGACAAGAAACUGGAGGGUAAUAACCCACAGAGCAACACUCAGGCAGUGAAGAUUUCAGAACAGCCCAAGAAGAACUUCUUCCGCUGCACACUUCUGUGAUUUAAAACAGGAGCGUCGGCAUCCACCAUCGCCUUAACUUGUGUCCCCCACUGGACCGAACUGGACAGAGCACACUCUGAUAUCUGUUUUAUUCCUCCUCCCCUUGUCUUCCUCCUUCUGGUAUUUGACCUGUGAAUAAUUAGGAAAAAAGAAAAAAAAAACGUUUAUACCCCCUCUCAGAAUUCUAUCAGUCUUCCUUUGACACCUGUGGAUCUAACAGCUGUGGCCUCUGUUACUCACUGACAGUUUCAACUUGAAUCCUGAAAUUUUUAUCAACUUUCAGCGUCGGUCUCCUGGUGAGACGCCGAGGACGAUCAAAACUUUUUUGUUUUUUCUACCCACGACGUGAAGCUUGUCAUUUACUUUUGCAGACUGCUGAUGAUGAAGUCUUAUUUAUUUAAUUCUUUUCUAGCCUUCAAACCCCCCCCCCCCAAAUUCUGCUACAAGUUUGCACUUAGAUUGGAUUUUUGGUUUGCAUCCACGCCAUGUAAAUACAUCCAAUUUGUGUUUUUCACCACACGAGAAAGUGAUGCCAGUAUAUUUGUCGUACUCACAGCGAAUUCUCACGUCCUUUUCAUGGCUUCUUCCUUUUUCUGUUGAUUUUUGUUAGGUCGGUUGAAAACGUUUCAUUCUUCCAAACACUUUGAUGUGCAAUGUGAUGUUUGUGGAGCCUGUGGUUUGUCUUAAAGUAUUCAGGUGGUUGCAGGAAGGCUGAUGUUUAAAGGCACAACACAUUCCUUCAGCAGAAUCUAAGGAGCGCUUGUGGAAGAUUAAGAAGUGGUAUUUAAAUCCUGGAGGAAUUCAGUUUGAUGGAAGGAAUCUCAGCGAUGAUGAAAUAACUGUUUUAUUCGUUCGUACUUGAUCUGGUUCCACUGGAGGAACAUACACACCUGUUUUCAGGGCCUUGGAUUGGGGCUGUGCUUCAUCAGUAUUUAUGGAGUUAAACGGGGCGUAACACCAAAAUGACAAAGUGCCCUUUUAUGUUCUUACUGAUUUUGCACUUUUCCUCCCUCUUCUCCUUGUUUUUUUUUUCUUUUUUGUAUUUUUCUGUUUAUGAAACAAAGUUCUUAACAUAUUAUUGUUUGUUCCAAGUAGCACAAAAAUUAGUGACGACAAAAAAAAAUCCUGAAAACAUCCAAGCUGUGAGAUUUCAGGUUUUGGUUUGCGUAUCAAACAUGCCUAGAGAACUUUAGUCUAAUCAAACCUUUCCCGUUUAUUGGUUAAACUGGCUGCUUUUAGGUUUAGCUUUGCCAGUGAUGAUUUUGAAGACCAUAGCCAGCUUCUCUCCCACCCAUUUCCAAAUGUUUUUUUUUGUCAGGCCCAGUUUAACCCCUGUCUGAACUAUGCAUUCUGGGUGCAUGGAAAACCUCAAACGCUUUGCACAAUGUGAUUUAACGUGCUUUAUUUGAGAUUAGAAGUGUGCAGCUUGUUGCUGCCACUCAACUUUUGCAACAAGCUUUUCAGAAGUUAACGAUAGGAAAUGCGUAAAACAACAAAUCUGGUUAGAGUUGAUUGUGUUUUUCUUGGUGCGUAAAUUUGUCACAAUGGUAAAAACGUUAACGAAUCAUACCUGUAACUUCGUGUUAUAUCUUGUGGACCAGGGGUCUUGACAUUCUCUCUAGUUCAGAUUUUAAGACUUGUGUGACAUUUGGAAAUAGACCCAUCCUCAUUCCAUGUAAAUCUGGCAUUAAUUGUUCGUUUAUCUUAAAGCAUUCCUUAAAACCCCGAUCAGAUUCCCUCAGAGAUUAAUAAUGGACUUCAUGUGGAAUAACUAAAAUUUUUCAGCAAUUGUAAAUAAGAUCUACAAUGAUUGUACUGUAGUUUCAUAAAUCCUAUUGAUCUACACUUCGUAGAUAUGUGUACUUCUGAUUUAUUAAAAAGAGUCUUUAAAAUGUA